AUGGGAUCCUACUACAUACCCCCUGUCAACUUCGGGCUGGUCGAAGACAACCUGUACAGGAGCGGACAGCCUAAUGAGCUGAACUAUCCCUUCCUCGAGAAGCUGCACUUGAAGAAGAUCUUGUACCUCUCUCCUGACGCUCCCCCUCCUUCCUUCCAAACCUUUGUCAACGAUCAGGGCAUUGACCUGCAGCAACUCGGAUCUGCGGGGGAGGACAGGCAGUCAGCCAUGUGGAGCCCCUUGAGCGAGGAGAUCGUCCUACAAGCCCUCCAGCAGAUCCUUGAUACGGAGAGGCACUAUCCGCUGUGCCUGAUGGACAGCGUAGGAAGAAACAGAGUAGGGAUCGUUGUUGGAUGCCUCAGAAAGUUGCAGAGGUGGAACUUGACUUCGAUCUUCGAGGAGUACAGGCGGUACGCAGGGAGCAAGGUUCGCGUUCUCAACGAGCAAUUCAUCGAGCUCUUUGACACUGACCUCGUCACCUACGAUCACGCAAGGAAACCUGUCUGGUUGUAA